UAUUUCUUGGGUCACGACAAACGACCCCUUAUUUUAUUGUUUAGUGAAGCAAUAAACCUAUGAGAGGGACUAGGAUUUUGUAUUAAAGCGCAGGAUGCUUCGUUUCUCCACCUGAGAAGGCUCAAGAAGAAAAAUGGGUUCAUCACCACAAGGAACUUGUAGCUCACUUGAUUCCAUUAGGGAACAUCUUCUUGAUGAUGAUGUUGCUUUCAUGGAAUAUUACUGCUGUUUCUCUUUUGAAACUACUCAAACCUCAAAAACAGAGUUUGAUGGUUUUUUCGAAAUUGAGGCAAAACCACAUGCUAUCAGUUCGAAUUCUCCGAAGCAAAGUAACUUCAAAGAACGCAAGCCAUCUCUGAACGUUGCGAUACCCGCGAAGGCUGUUGUUGUAGAGAAAGUGGAAGUUGAGAGCGAGAAGAAGCAUUACAGGGGAGUUAGGCAGAGGCCGUGGGGGAAGUUUGCAGCGGAGAUUCGUGACACGAAUAGAAAGGGGACUCGGGUUUGGUUAGGAACAUUUGAUACUGCUGUGGAUGCGGCCAAGGCAUAUGACAGAGCAGCGUUUAAGCUUAGAGGCAGCAAA